GCUCUUCUCCUGUUGUAACUUUAGAAAAGAACAUAGCAGAGCAACCAAAAUUUGUAGUAGAUUGGUUUCAAGAAACAAUAAAAGGUUUUGGUGGACAUCAUAUUACUUCUAGAUAUAUUAAAAUACAAUUUAAUAUAGAAAAAAGCUUCUUUACUAAUCCAAAUACAAAUCUAUAUUAUGAAACAUGA